CUUCAAUUCCCAAUGCUGGGCAACCAUCCAAAAGUAUCAAUCCGUAUCCACCACCUAAUACCCGGUUUCUCAUACCAACCUGCCUCACCUACGAUACAAUUAACGUUAUUCUGGGCCCGUCAGGAACUCCAUCGACGAAGUAGUCGCUAGCCAUUACCCUGGAGUUUCGGGCCAGAAAUCUUCAAUUUUUUUUUUAAUCUUUUAUCUACAACACGCAAACGCGCUAAAUUGGACUGGCGAUACUGUCUAGCAUUGAUAACUCUAAAGCCCUGUCGACGGCGGAAAUCCGGUCCUGCCCACAUGAGAGUCGCCGGCACCGCUUUCGACGCGUCUAUAUCCUGCAUAUAGCACCCCGCACCCGAAAAUGCAUCUUCCACGGCCCCUGAUAUCGAAACUAUACCUGCACCUGCAAAAGACGCGCCACGCCCUCGCACCGCCCGUCCUGAUCCUCGUCGCCCUCGAGCCCGACGCACUCUGCGCCUGCCGCAUCCUCACCCGCCUCCUCAAGCAUGACUACAUCCCCCACAAGAUCCAGCCCGUGGCUGGCUACGCAGACCUUGAGCGCGUCGGUAGGGACCUCGUCGCCCCCAUGAUGGAAACCCGCGGCGGCUCCGGUGGUGUCGUGGUCUGCCUGGGUGUCGGCGGCACCGUAGAUUUGGGCGUCAUGCUGGGUCUCGAGCCCGAUGAAGAGGAUGCAGGCAGCAGUGGCGCUGAUUCCUACGGCGGCGUGGAGGUGUGGGUAAUCGACUCCCACAGGCCGUGGAAUCUGGGCAACGUAUUCGGAGGCCAUCCACUUGAGCCCGAAACUGCCGGCGGAUCAAGAGCUUUUUCUUCCAGGGCGCCCCCCGGUGUCUCCAAUGGUCGUAUAUCUCAUGCUUACAAGCCAUCCAAGGGGGGCAUUAUCGUCUUUGACGACGGGGAUAUCGAGGAGACUCUGGAGAAGGAGCGGGAAGCUUACAUGUCGUUGGUGGAUAUGCCGGAGGUUGAAGACAACGGGGAGGACCUGGAAGACAGCGACUCUGACAGUGGAUCCGAUAAUGAUGAUGAUGCAGCAGAAGAGACCCCCGUGCGGGCGGGCCAAAAGCGUAAAUCUCUUGACGACUUUGAUGAUGACGAAAGUGGAGACGACGACAGGCCAGCACAAAGACGAAGGAGCAACACAGGGAGCCCCAUUCCAGAAUCUCCACGGCGACCAGAGAGACGCGGGUUGAUAUCACUGCAAGACUCGGCCGUGUUCUCCUCAAGCGAUCCCAGUAACCCGCCCUCAGGUGCACAGCCUCCCAAAGCCCCCUCUGCUCGGAAAAUGCGCAGGCAAUUACUACGUCUACGUCGAGAAAAAGAGGGAACGCUGCGAAAAUACUAUCGUCUCGGCACGUCGUAUUCAGAACCUAUCUCUUCCAUGAUCUAUUCUUUGGCUUCUGAGCUUGGUCGAGAAGAUAACGACAUGCUGUGGCUUACCAUAGUUGGGGUCACGUCCAUGGAGCUAUAUGGGCGGUCGUCAGCCGGAGUGGCAGUUGCAGCCCGCAGCUCCGAUAACAGGCUAAAGUCUGGUUGGAUGGGGAUGCGCGGUGCUAGCAUACGACAGCUUCUGCGUGACGAGGUACGCCGCCUGAAUCCACCAGAGAUAUCUGGCAGCGGGCAAGGGAGGUCUACGGCAGAAGGCCAGGGCAUCAUUCCGACGACGGCAAGGAGUCCCGAAGAUACCAGUAUCCGUCUCUCACCCGAGCCCAAAUUCCUCCUCAUCCGACACUGGAGCCUGUACGACAGCAUGCUUCACUCCCCCUAUCUUUUCUCGCGGCUGAAGAUGUGGAGCGAGACGGGACUGAAGCGGCUGCAUAAGCUCUUUGCCAAGAUGGGCGUCAGCCUCGUUCAGUGCAGACAGAGCUACACACAUAUGGACAUGGUGCUAAAGCGAGAGCUCCGAGUCAAGCUGCUAAAGUACGCAUCGCUGUAUAACCUGGAUGAUAUGGUGCCCACGAUCGAUACGGACGGCAGGGACAGGGGUGGUGCCAAGGAUGGAUGGGGCUUUGUGCGCAGCUGGGGUUGGCGUGCUACACUUAGCGCACAAGAUGUCGGUGUCGUCAUAGGAGCCCUUCUUGAGGUUGGAAAGCAUGCGACCUCCUCGGAUGAUUCCGGUAGGGAUGGAGCAUCCCAGUUGGAAGAACCCGACGACAACCACCUGGAGAUGCUGAGCGAAGAGUGGAUCCCACGCUUCUGGGAGGCAUACGACGCGCUUGAGGAUAUCGAGGCGUUGAAGCAAGGGCUGCCCACUGCACAGUUUCUCCACCGUGCAAUCUUCAACACGGGCACCACAUUACUGAAGAAGAAGCAGAUCAGGCAUUUACGAGCGUUCCGCAUGUGCAUCGUCAAAGACGGACCAGACGUUGCCGUGUUUAACCAUCCCGGGGCGCUCACCAAGCUUGCACUGUGGAUCGGCGAGGCGCUGGCCGAGCAGGAGAAGGAGACCACAGGGCGUCUGAGCAACAAAGGUCGCGGAACCCCAUUAGUUGCAGCAUCACUCGACGAGAAGCGCGGCGUUUACGUUGUGGUGGGCACAGGUGGUGGAGGCGGCGCAGCGGACCUGCCGGCGGACAAGAAGAGGAAGGCCGAAGAGAAGAGGGCAAAGGCCAAGGCGCGAGAGGAAAGUCGUAAGGCCAAGGAGAGGAUACGCGAGGAGAAAAGGGCAGCCAAGAGGGCAGCGGGGGCUGAAGACGAGGAGGAGACAGAGUCUGAGGGUUCUGACGACGACGACGAUGAGGAUUCCAGCGAAGACGAAGAUGAUGGGCCCAAGGAGAGGGGUCACGGCCUGAACCGUUUCGGCAAUGCGUUCCAGGACGUCGUGGCGGAAACAAAUGCCAGGAUACGCAUCGACAGCUUCGAACACUGCGUUGUUGAAGUCAAGAAAGAAGAUCUUGGGGGAUUCCUGGAGAGCUUGAGCAUGAAGGCUGUGGUGGGAUGAUAUGCCAAUCCACCAGCCACUUUAAGAUUAAUAUGGGUAUUAUGACGGGGCAAGGGAUGCAAAACGGGGAUUUUUUGAGAGGGCAUUUUCAGCAGGCUUCUUGUUGUGUUUCACAGCUUUGGCGUUCUUGGAGUACAGUAGCAAGUACAUUCUUUUCCCGGUCUAAGUGUCCCAAGUUGGUAUAGCGCGAUAAUCGUGGUAACAUUUAGUAAAUACGAGCAUAUGAAUUUUGGAAUGAUUUUAACCUAUGGUAGAUAAGAAAUCAUAAGUAGUGAUAAUUGGCGACCAGAACAGUAGAGAGUGCAAAAAUAAAGCAUCGAUACCGAUACCCAUCGGUAGAGGCA